UUUCUGCAGCCUGUUAUUAGGAGAGCUUAGUUAAUGUCAAGCUCAUGCUGCAUGCUUACACUAUCACAGAUAAUGAAACAUCAUUGGGCAUUUUUUAAUGAAACUUUUUUUUUUUAAAUUGGCAGUAUCACUCAGCUUUUUAUGGAAUAAACAAAGGGCAUAGCAUUCCAUCUCUGCUCCACCUUUUCUUCCCACCCUCGCUAGGUGUAUAAAAUCAGGGUGAUUUCACCGUCACGCACUUCACUCCUUUUCCUCUGCUUGAAAUCGGACUGAAGAGAAAACAACACAAUCUAAUCAUGAGCAGAAACUUCCUGUCCAAAAAUGAUGAGCUCCGCAAGGGAGACCAUCUGGUGUCCAACAACGGACAGUUUAAGGCUAUCUUCCAGGAUGAUGGUGACUUUGUGGUCUAUGGCUGGCAGCCUGUGUGGGCUUCAGACACUGCAGGGUCAUCCCCUUUCCGCCUGUGCAUGCAGGGGGACUGCAACCUGGCCAUGUACGACAAGGGGGGCAAAGCCAUGUGGCACACAAACACCUCCAAGUCUGACUGCAACAUGUGCCGCCUUCAGCUGACCAAUGAGGGCAAACUGGUGGUGAACAAGGAACAAGAUGAAGUCUGGAACUCUGCUAAAUCCAUAGGCAUGAAGUGAUCCAUUGUGUUUGAAAAUCAUGUUUUGAAGUCAAUUUGAUUCACCAUUUAACAUGCUUGUUAUGUAAUCAAAUAAACAAACGUUCACAAUGCA